GCCGUGAAACGUGUUUACUGGCCUGAACCCAGCCAUACACGUUCCUGCAGACCCGGGUCGUAACCGCAGCUGCUGCCGCCGCAGCUGGAAAGGCGCGCGGGGAGGUGCAGUACCCCCAGACGGCCCCUAGGGGGCAGCCCUUGCAGUCACUGCGGGGCAGGGACUCCCCGCCCGCUUUUUUCCCCCAAAAAAGGAGAGACUCCCGGCGGUCGGAGAUGGAGCGCCGGGGCUGAUGCCGAGGGCGGGCGGGCGUCCAGCUGGGGUCUGGGAACGCGGUCUCGUUCAAUGGCUCUGGCGUCUGCCUCCUCCGUUAGCCCGCCCCGGCUCGUUGCCUGGGUGCUGCUGCUUUCCCAUGCAGGCUGGACAGCAGUCCAGUAUGACCUGGAAGUCACAAACAACGGCCCUAUCACUAAAGACGCGCAGGCGACGAUCCACUGCACCCUGCACAUGAAGAAUGAACGGUCUUCCUCUGUCCGUGGGCAGCAGUACCAGUUUAACUGGAUUUAUGCCCCCUUGACGCUGGUGGAGAAAUUGGAGCGAGGGGCCAACUCGACCAUCGUUGUGACCAGUCCUUUCCCGGGGGUCUUCUCCGUUUCAGUCCAGGUGGCCCCCGCAGGCUGCUGGUUCUGCCCAACCCUUGCAAGAGGCCUGACAGUUCUACAAAUAUCAGAGUUUAUAGUAGGGAAUUUAUCGGUUACCCAAAUAGAGAACAGCAGUAUGCCAGAGAAAUUCGGUUCUCAUCCUGCAACAGCAACGCUAAUCCUCGUCUCCUUCCUCCUUCACGAUCCGAGCCAUUAUUUUCAGACGGCGUCCUUUGUUUAUAAUUGGGAUUUUGGAGAUGGAACAAAACUGACAACAGAUGAGCCCUCUGUCUAUCACAAUUAUUCCACUCCCGGGACUUGCGUGGUGCGCCUUGAGGUGACGGCAGAAUGGAGACAACAACACAGGAUGAAGACAGAGCAUUCAAGAAAGCUUGUCCAGAGAACAGGGCAUUUUGCUGCUGCGUUGGAGCUGUUAGAGUUUAUAGUAGGGAAUUUAUCGGUUACCCAAAUAGAGAACAGCAGUAUGCCGGAGAAAUUCGGUUCUCAUCCUGCAACAGCAACGCUAAUCCUCGUCUCCUUCCUCCUUCACGAUCCGAGCCAUUAUUUUCAGACGGCGUCCUUUGUUUAUAAUUGGGAUUUUGGAGAUGGAACAAAACUGACAACAGAUGAGCCCUCUGUCUAUCACAAUUAUUCCACUCCCGGGACUUGCGUGGUGCGCCUUGAGGUGACGGCAGAAUGGAGACAACAACACAGGAUGAAGACAGAGCAUUCAAGAAAGCUUGUCCAGAGAACAGGGCAUUUUGCUGCUGCGUUGGAGCUGUUAGAUGCUGUACAAAGUAUUAACAUCAUCGGAUCCACAGAGGCUCGUGUGAUGGAAAACUUAAACUUAUCUCUGCAUAUCAAGGGCAGCCCCCCUCUCGGCUUGUGCUGGUUGAUCAAGACCGAAUGUGUUCCGUUGGAGGGGGACCAGUGCCACCUAGUGGUGACCAAUGCUACUGACUACUCCCUGAACCACGUCUUCAGCGAUGCUGGGCAAUACUGCCUCAGCGUGCGGGUUGAGAACGGAGUGAACAGGUUGCAGUCAUACCGAGAGAUUCAAGUCAAGCCUUUAGGUAUUCAUCCGGCUCUCUUUGUACUCCCUUGCCUCGCUCUCUUAGCAGUUAUGCUGGGUUUAGCUGUUUACGUGACUUUCCGAAGCAACCCACAACAAAAGGAUCUUGUAGAGGUGGCGGAUUUUGACUUCUCUCCUGUGUCCGACAAAACCCCUUCAGGCUCUGGAUGGAGUUGCGGCCCCUUGUGUUGCCAGAUGUGCGUCCUCUGUCCCUCCCAAGAAUCUUGCAACACCGUCCGAGAGCAUCACCACCUCCUGCACCCAUUGCGCAAGCCGGUGAAGAUGUACACCAGAUGAAGGAUGUGAUUCUGGCUGGCUUUGUCCUGCUUCCUUCCAUCCACCCAGGAGGGCCUCCUGGAUAAUCAAUAUGUAUUUCUAUGUUGCUAGUUACUCCCAGAACGGUGUAUCAUUCCAUCUUCUACUCCACGGUAAACUCUGAAGGUCUGGAGGACAUUUCUGGCCUCCAACACUGUCAGAAGAAAAAAACUGAACUAUUUUCGGUUUAAAACAGGGAGUGGGGUCCACAGAAUAAGAGAACUACAUUACACGUGGAAGCAUCACUCACUCACACUCACUCUCUCUCUC